UGCCUGUUAAAAACACAAUAUAUUGUAAGUGUCUCACUUUCACCUGGCAAAGUAAAGUCUCGUCCCCCGGCAAAGGACAUUUGAUUACAUUACCUUAAAUUUAUUCAAUUAGUCUAUUUGAAAAGAUGGAAUUAAAUUCAACUGAAAACGUGCAGCAAGGUGAAAAGAGACGGUCAGAGGACGAGGGUGGGGUUAGUGCUUCAAAGAAAUUGGUACAAAAUGUUGAUGUUCCACCUCAUAGACAAAACAUUGUUGUCCAGGGCCACCACCCGAAUUUGUAAAUUAAAAAUGAAAGGGACAGGAGCCGUUGCAGGGAGUGCUAGCAUUGAUCAGAUUAAGGCUGCUUUCUACCACUUGGCACGAUCCAACAAAGUGGAAUUGGAUUCAGAUGAACUAAUUUAUAGUCAACCGGAUGUACUUUCUCAAUCAACACCUCCCGUUGCUCCUCCACCAGAACUGCUGCCCUUGUCAUCUGAAGAAAGAGAUUCAGCCCUUGUCAAAAUAAAAGCUGCUGGAGAGGCCGGAAUUACUAUUGGAGAUACUGGAAUGAGUUUUGUUUGGAAAGAAAAAUGUGGCGUUGGAUUUCAACAACCAAAAGAAAGGGCGUCCGACCAGUUGUGUAUUAUGCAAUCACGCACAAACUCCUUUGAUUAUAACUCUAUCUGUACUCACAAUGGUACAUUUAAUUACCUUGUCCUAUUAUUUUGUAUUUAUCCUUACUGUUAUUUUGCAGAUUGUUUUUCUACUACUGGAACAAGGGCAGAUGAAGUUAUGCCAAAGUGUCUCAUGCACAAAGGACCCAACGAAAGUUAUGCAGUUUACGAGUUCAAAGCUCACAAGGGUGGAGUCACUGGGAUUGGUCAUAUGAUCAUGAAAUUCAAUUAUGCUAAAGAUAAGAAGCAAUCCCAUCUACAACAAGCAUUCAGUAAAAGAAGUAGCAUAAAACCCAAAGGCGUACCGGGAAAACCAGAGCUAUUUAAUACUUGUGAUGAGGCCGAGAAGAGGUUGGCCGUCUUGCAGACCGUAGCUCUGUUGAAAUGCUUUUCCAACCCAAACAAGUUCAAAUACACCACCCCAUCCGUGUCACUAGCAAACGGUCUCGAAGCAGAAGUCAAGAAUGAGAUGGAGGAACAAAGAUUCAAACUUGAAUUAACUGGAAUAAGUAAUUCUAAAACAGAGAAUGCACAAAUCCCAUUCCCUUUUGGUAGAAGGGCUACACCAGAUGAAACACUUGUUGAUUUGUUGGAUGACGAACAUGGGGCUCUCUACAUUGUGUGUGACAAUAAGAUGUUUUAUGGUGGUCAAACAAUCAGUGGAGUCGACACUCACAAUGUCGUUCGGCAUGGUUCUGAUACCGUAGCCCAGUAUGAAAAGGAAUAUGGGACUGGAAAUGUAGUGAAGAUCCCAUUGUGCGCAAUUCCAAUCCAAAAGAAGAAGAAGAAAAAGGAGGAUAAGGCAACAACUGCUAAAGAGCCAGCAGCAAUUGUUGAGAAAGAUGAUCUCAAGAAAAUGGAAGCUCAUCUUCAUGUUGGUCUCUACAUCGCCUAUCUUUUUCGCCUCAGAAACCCCUUUCAUCCUACAUUCACCAAAACGCAUCCCUACUGUCUUAACAAACAGGUCUUUUCGUCCUAUUUCGAUGAGCAUUCUUGGGAGAAGGUGGUUUUGUUUUUAAGGAGAGAAUUUGGGUGUCAGUUUGAAUUUAAGCAAAUGUAAUUAAAUCACUCGUUCUUACCUUCGUCAAAUCUGAA